AUGGCAACGACGGAUGGAACAUCCCAAAAUGGACUAUUGGGAGCAUGGAUGAAGACAUUGUUGGACAGUAAUGCAGGGACUCUGAAAACUGCAGCCAAUAUUCAGGACAAGUUGAAGAAUUAUUUGGUGCAGACAUUUGAUGAAUUGAAGGGGAAUAAAUGGCUGAGUAAGCAGGAAUCGUAUGAAAUAGGGAAACUUUGUGAGGACGUGCAUAAACAUGUGCCGGGUGUGGGGGGUACUGUGCAGCAGAAAGAGUUUUAUCUGAAGAAUAUAUGCAAAGGAAUCGCUGAAAUAAAAUAUUUCAUGAGUGGUGUAAGAACAGCGAGGAAGGCAGGGACAUGGGAUGAUGUGGAAGAAGUUACGCCCCUCACUCCGGAAAAAGCUUAUGCACAUUGUAUUGUCGGAGCAGUCGCUUUAGCCGAACUGUACGGGGACCACUGUUAUUUGGAGGACGUCAUUAAUUACGUAUCACCCGAAGUAGAAAAGAUGCUACAGACACACGGGGGUGCUAUCCAAAACUUGAAUAAAUGUAAAAACAUUGCACAUAUGGAAUUAAUGUUCGGCGGAACACUCCUGAAGGAUAAAAUCGAACAAUGGACGAAAACAGAAAGGAAUAAGCCGUUGAGGGGCGAAAACUGGAGGAUAAGGGGGCCAUGGCAAUAUUGGUCAACGGUCUGUAAGCAGUCGAAGAGGGAUCCAGUGAAGCUGGAGGCAAAGAGGAAAGAAAUUUUACAGCAGAAUAAAAAGAGUUUAGUCCAGUUCGCUCUGGGGGACAGCACUCAAGGUAGCACUAGUACUGCAUCACCUAUCAUGGAAGACAUCUUAGUAAAUGACGACUACAAGAUUUCGGAGGAUACAUUAACACAAGCACUCUCAUCAGCAAUAACUUCGGGCACGGUUGAUGUAGGCAAGGCAAUGGAGAAGUUAACGAAGGCAGCCAAGGAAACUGAGGCUGAAGCAUGCAUGAAGCAGGAGGGUAAGACACUUUGCCAGCGCUUGCAAUGUGCAGAACAACAUUGGAAAUUUAAAGACGGGAAGGGACAAGGGGAGGACAAAUUCUGGGACAAUCGCGUCAAGGACGAAUUGAACUAUUUUUUCUAUCGGGGGACUGCUCUUAAUGGUGGCACCCAAGGUGCUAAGUGCGACAAGAACAGUUCUUUAGAUACUGCAAGCAAAGCAGCAUGCAAAGACAUUACAGCUAAAUUAGAACUUAUGUACAACAAUGGGAGUUCUGGCAAUAACAAAUUGUCUGAUCAAAUUAUAAAUUGUCUUUUAUUAAAUGCUUAUGCUAAAAAAUUAAAUGAUCAAGCAAAAUUAAAAGGGUAUUGUAGCAUAGAAAGUGGUUUAAAGAAAGCUUUUGAUUUGUGGAAUGAAAAUAAUAAAAAUGCAGGACAUUGCAGAAAUGGUAGACCCUGCAUUGAAUGCAAAUUGGAGGACGACGUCAAUUAUGGCACUUGCCAAAUUGGCAGUACCAAUGUAAAGACCAAAGUGGAAUCAAUGCUGGAGAACAACAAACGAACGAAGGGAGACCAAAUACAAAAAACCUUGAUUGAAUUCAAUAAGGGAAAUUCCUUAUGCAAACGUAUAGAAUGUGCAGCGAAGUCGUAUCAGAACAACGGGGUACACGGGAGUGGACAGGACAAAUUCUGGAAUGAGCAUGUGAAGACAUUGUGGAAUGAAUUAGCAGGAGCAAUGACAACAGGUGGCAAAAAGGAAAAAGGAGAAUGUGCUCAAGUGCCAGAUACCAAUGGUAUCAAUGGCUUCAGUGGUCAGAGGGAUGCAACUCCUUCUGAAAAGACGGCAUGCAAUUAUUUGCAUGCCGGCUUAAGCAAGCUGUACAACAAAGAUGCGACGUCGUCGACAGGCGACAACAUCUUUAAGAACAACCCAUCGUUGAAACAAGCGAUGGGUUGUUUUUUACUUCACGCCUAUGCAAAACAUAUGAAAGAAAAAGCAACUUGUCUUAUUGAUGAUGGUAUAAAACAAGCUUUCGAAUCUGCUGGGCAGGGUGGUAGCAAUGGUAAGGAUGUUCCUUGCCACUGGCAAGGAACAGACAACAAAUGGGAAGAGUGCCUUCAGGGCAUUACCAUAAACAGCACAUCUGGCUCAGGGGAGAAUGCAAAAACGAAGGUGGACAACAUCCUGCAUAACGACGCCACAAGAAUAGAUGAAAUGGCAAAGCAAAUAAAUAAAGUAGAAGAACUCUGUGACCAAGUCCAAUGUGUUACAACCCGAUGGAUGAAACAAACUAACGGCGGCGGUGGCAAAAAACGUGACUGGAAUGAAAUGUGGACGAAAGUUGGGGAGGAAAUCCCUAAACUGGGCGAUGCCCUUCAGGAGGCAACAUCUGGAACAAGAAGGAAUGAACUUGAUCAGUAUUGCAGAGACCUGAAGGGGGAAGAUGGAAAAGCAGCAGAUAAGGAGGCUUGCCUCCUUAUAGCAGCAGGAUUAAAAAACCUCUACAAUAUCGACAACAGCAACCCCGUUGAGGCAUCGUUCAAAAGAACGAUGCGCUGUGUUUUAUUAAAUACCAUUGCAGAUAAAUUAGAAAGUGACGUACUGCCGUGUAGGGAUGAAAAACAUACAAAGGGAGGAAUUACAGCGGCUUUUAAUAAUAGUGUAAAAAUUAGGGAGGAAAAUACCGCCUGCAAGACUAAUGAUAAAUGUUUUACGUGUGAGAGGUUUACGAAAUAUAAAGAUUGCACAAUUAAAAAAAAUGAAAACACAUUGGAAUUAAGGAAGUUAAAGGACGAAAUAGAUAAAGUGCUCACCAACGGCAAAAACGGCGGAAAGGAAGAAAUGAAACAGAUUGAGAAUAAAGCUGUGAAGGACAUAUGUGGUGGUCAAUGUAAGGAUAAAAGUAGUUUAUGUGAUCGCGCACAGUGUGCAAUGAAGCAAUGGUUCCCAGACAGGGGAAAAGACAAGGGACAGGAGAGUGACAGGAAGGAAAUGUGGGAGAAAGUGCAGGAGCAAGUCACCGACCUUGUCACAAGCAUACCUGACAAUGGGGGGAAGAAAGCCGAGACAGACGAUCUUUGCAAUGAGGUUGAAUGUAAAAAUGGUGAAAAGGAUUGCGUAAGCAAAACAACAUGCAAACUUAUUGUUAAAGCAUUAAAGGAGGUACAUAAAAUUGAAGAGAAUGGCGAAGACGAACCGCCACUCAAAGUGAAUAAUCGAAUAUUUAAAUCUACCAUGCGUUGUGUAGCACUCAAUGCCUUUAUACACAAAUUGAAGAAACAGGCGAAACAGGGUGGUUAUGCUUGUGCUGUGCAGAAAGGAGUAGAAGGGGCCUUCAGUAAGGGGGAGAGUAAACGUAAGGACUGGUGUGGGGAGAAUGUUAAGGGGGUUGGUAAUGGGGAUGGUUCAUGUGAGAAGUGCCAGAUAGGACAGUGCAUCACCUCUAAAAUUGGAGAUGAUGGCCUAUGGUCCAAAGUGGUGGAUAUGUUAAGCAAUGACUCCACCACCAACAACAACAACAAUAUACAACAAACAUUGUCCAAAAUAAAAGAGAAGGUCACUUUAUGUGAUCGUCUCCAAUGUUUAGCAUCUCGAGUUAAGAUAUCGAAAAAAGAGGACAAAUUCUGGACAGGACAGGAUGGCGCCGUGAAGAAAUUGUGGGAUGAAUUAGCAGGAGCAAUGGCAGAUAAUGGAGGCAAUAACCAAAUCGGAAAUGGAUGUGAUCAAAUGGAUGGCAAUAGAAUACCCACCGACCCUGAAAGGAGGGCAUGCAAUUAUUUGCAUUCCGGCUUAAAACAACUAUACGAACCAGGUACUUCGACAACAGGAAACAAUGGUAUCUUGUCCAAGGACAACCCAUCGUUGAGACAAACAGUGGGUUGUUUCCUUCUUAAGGAAUAUGCAAAACAAAUGCAAAAGAACUCAAAAUGUGUUAUCGAAGCAGGUUUAAAAAAGGCAUUUCAAAAUAAUAAAUCUUCAUGCACGAACAAUGCUUCGUGCAUUGAAUGUGAAUGGGAUGAAAAUUUGGAAAAUUGCGACUUAAAGAUUGGCAGCGACAAUAAGAAACUUAAUGAAAAAUUUAAUGAAUUGCUCGAACAAAACAACAAUAACAACUUAGAAGAAAACCUAGGGAAAAUAAACCACAUGAACAACCUAUGUGAUUAUAUUAAAUGUGCCGCACCCAAAUGGUUCAAGCAGUACGCAACAACGACGAAUGGAAAAACUACUACUGAUAAGACUUGGUGUGAUUUUUGGAAUGAAGGCGUCAAACCAACACUGAGGACGAUGUUCCAACAAAUUGAGACGAAUGCAACUAAAACUAAUGGUGUAUGCAAUGAGUUUGGUGACGGUAAUGAACAUAGUGUUGAAAGAAAAGCAUGUAAUCAUAUCACAGCAGGUUUAGAACACAUUAACACACUUAAUGGUAAUAACAACCAACUGCUCGAUCGAGCAGUUGGUUGUAUUGCUCUUAACAUGUACGCAACUAAAAUAAAAGAAAUGUCUCAAGAUAAAUGUCCCAUUGAUGAGGAAAGAAUAAAACAAAUGUUUAAUGUUUGGAAUAAAAAUAAAAAUUCUUCGUGUUUAACCCCUGGUAGUAAAAAUAAUUGUUUUCUUUGCACAAGGAAAGAAGACUUUAAUGAAUGCAAACUAAGUGUUUCCAACACUUUGGUUGAUACAACAUCACCAUCAUCACAAAAUGGAACUUGCAAUAAAGACUCAACUGAAGUGACGACUCAAAUUGACGGUCUCCUCAACAACGAAGACAAAUCAAACACCAACUCCAUUAACACCACCAUGAAACAAACAUUAGACAAAAUCACUGACAUGAAAUCUUCUUUCUGUACUCAAGUCCAAUGCGCAGCAAAAAAGUGGAAUUCGAUAAAAAAAAAAAAUCUAAACCCCACUUGGACUGACAUCGAUGAUGAUGCCAAAGGAGUAUUAGGGCAACUUCUAAAUUAUAUGAUAAAACCGGAUAAUCAGAAGGACGCUGAACAAUACUGCCAGAACGACGCUAAUUGGAAGAAUUUAGGCCAUAAACAAAGCAAAACAAAUAAAGCAGCUUGUUUGCUUUUCGCUGCAGGACUGCAGCACAUUUAUACCCACGGUAAUGGCCGUGUUAACGGCCCAUCGUUUGGACAAACGAUGGGUUGUUUAUUUCUUAAAAAAUAUGCAAAACAAUUAAAAGACUUGGCAGAAAAACAAAAAACGCACAAGGUACAUCCUAAUUGUAGCGUAGAAGAGGGCAUAAAACAUGCUUUUGAACAAAGUGAAAAAAUUAUGCAAGCAACGCCUCCAUGCAAAAAUAAUGGUAGUACUAAUGACUGUUUUGUGUGCACAGAAGAAGGAGGUUAUGAUGAUUGUAAAAUUGGCAGUGCCAAUAUAGGAAAUAAAGCUAAAGAACUGUUCACAGAACCAAAGAACAAAAAACAUAUGGAAGAAACAUUAGAAAAUACAGUCUGUCCCAUCCUUCCUAUGGAUUUUCUUGCCCCUUUUCUUCCUUUGGCUCCUGUGUCCAUUGGUCUUUCUGCUAUGGCUUAUUACCUUUGGAAGUAUUUUGGUCCUCUUGGUAAAGGAGGACAACGUUUCCGAAGAUCUCCUGCUGAAAUUCCUGGUUCAUCGGUACAGGAACAAGUCCUCGAUCAUGUGCAGCAAGAUAGUUCACAUGAAUAUCGAUUGGUGAAAGAACGAAAACCUCGUUCUGUUCCAACGAGAACGAAACGUUCUGGUCCCGUGAAUCGCCGCACGAUUAUUGAAAUUCAUUUUGAAGUGUUGGACGAAUGUCAAAAAGGGGACACACAAUUGAACCAGAAGGAUUUUCUGGAACUUUUGGUUCAAGAGUUCAUGGGUUCCGAAUUAAUGGAAGAAGAAAAGGUUCCUAAGGAAGAAGUUCUUAUGGAAGGCGUUCCAACGGGACGUGUUCCAAGUUUAGGUUCCGGGUUUAUGGUUUAG